AUGCAGGUCAUUACGUCUAGAUUGAGUCUUUUGGCUCGACAAAGCAGGUUUACAUCUUCAAUAUCGAGCCUGGUGCUAAACAAUUCGAGAAAACCUCUCAGCACUGCUGUCGAGCCUGGCCCUUUAUCACAUAUAAGAGUUCUAGACUUGACAAGGAUUCUUGCUGGUCCAUUCGCUACUCAAAUCCUGGGUGAUCUAGGCGCUGAUGUCAUCAAAGUCGAAUCCACGGCCGGUGAUGACACAAGAACAUGGGGACCACCGUUUGCCCCAACAGUUCCAGACUAUGUUCCAGCACCAGAUUCACAUCCAAAUGCUUCAAAACCAGAGUCUGCCUACUUUUUGGGAAUAAAUCGAAACAAGCGAAGCAUCACGUGUAAUUUCAAGACUGCCGCAGGUUUACAAAUGAUCAAAGAUCUCGCCGCAGUAUCUGAUGUGUUUGUCGAAAACUAUAUACCGGGAAAGUUGUCAGAGAUGGGUCUGGGCUAUGAGGAUAUCAAGAAGGUGAAUCCAAAGAUUAUUUAUGCAUCUGUUACAGGGUAUGGUCCAGAUGGUCCCUACGCAACUCGAGCAGGCUACGAUGUCAUGAUUGAAGCUGAAGCUGGCUUAAUGUACAUUACUGGUGAACAAGAUGGACCACCAGUCAAAGUUGGAGUUGCCAUUACAGAUGUCUGUACAGGUCUCUAUACUCAUGGUGCUAUCAUGGCUGCACUAUAUGGACGAGAAAUGACUGGCGAGGGUCAAUGGAUCAAUGCUUCGCUGAUAGAGACGCAAGUCGCCGGAUUGGCAAAUAUCGGACAUAGCUAUCUGGUUGGAGGAAAGGAAGCCACAAGGUGGGGCACGGCUCAUGAGUCCGUCGUACCAUAUCAAGCAUUCCCUACAAGCAAUUCAUACAUUGUAGUGGGAAUUGGAAAUGACAAACAAUUUAGACGACUGUCAGAAGUCUUCAAUCGGAUGGAUUUAGCUGAUAGUGAAGACUAUGGCACAAACGCUGGCAGAGUUAAAAACAGAAAGGCACUCAUUCCUAUACUGACAAAGUGCUUUCAGACAAAGACCACCGAAGAGUGGCUAGGAAUAUUUAAGAAAAACAAUCUUCCAGGAACCCCAGUCAACAAUAUCGAACAAACAUUCUCGCAUCCGCAAGUGAUACAUAGAGAGAUGAUCCAAACUGUGUAUCAUCCAAAAGCUGGUAAUAUCAAAACUGUAGGCAUUCCCGUAAAGUAUGGAGAUACCAAGCCAAGUAUCAGAUUACCACCUCCGGUGCUGGGUCAACAUACAGAGGAGAUACUGAAGGAUGUGCUGGGAAAAUCUGACAAGGACAUUCAGAACCUCAGACAAGAGGGUGCAAUAUAA